GUCAAUAAAAAAACAGUUUUUGGCGAGUCGUCGUGCUGUGUGGUUCAUCCCAUCGCGUUUUUUAGAACAAAUUAAUUCAAAAUUGCGUUGCAAUCCCGAAUACCCGUAGUUUACAUUGCUGCUAAUAACCGUGACUACGUUUGUGAUUGUAUUUCCGAUCGGGAAAAGUGUUACAUUCCAGAUAAAGUCGUAAAUCGACGUAGGUUUGACAUCGUUUCGCAAGUAUUGUUUCCACAGAGGUGUUUUAUUUGUGUACUUGUGUGAAAAACAGCCGUGCCUUAUUUAAUUGUUGAUCAAAAUCGUGAUGGUGUUUGCGUUCUCGCGGGGUGUUUAGUUUGUCUUUAUUAGUGGGUUCUCGGCGAAGUGUUAUUGUGUGUUCAGGUGGAGAGGCCUGGGCUGAGUCGUGUUGCGUGUGAUCUAGCUACUCCUCAAGCCAUGCUGGCUGUUCACCGUUGUCGCCGUGCCCCGAUACCGGAACUAGAAGGCGAAAGCUUACAAAGGAUUUACUUGUCAUAAUGGAGCAUAAGUCCCGCUGGCCCCACCAUGCUGCGGCCGGAGUCCCCGCUCGCUGACCACCGCAGCCUGCUGCCGCGGCGCCUGCUGCCGGCCAAGGCGCAGGUGGCCCCCGCCGACAAGCGCCGCAACCGCCGCUCCCUCGAACUCAACCCCCCGUCGGAACACGCCUACGACUUCACCCCCAAACUACUCAUCUCCAAAACCACCGACUCACUCAACACGGAAUGCCCGAGAAAGGUCAUCCAUAAACAAGACUCCACGGACAGUCUUAAACGAGCGCUCCUCUCCAAAGAUGAAAAGAAACCCGUCAUCGUCAAACAGGACGCGAAAGCGCAAGUCUCCAAACAGGACUCCACGGAGAGUCUUAAAAGGUCGCUGCUAUCGCGGCAAGAGUCCAACGACAGCGUCAAAAGAAAAGACGAGCACAAAAGGCUGCAGAAGCAGGACUCGAAUGAGAGUGUGAAAAAGUGUGAGGGGAAUAAAAAGGGGUUGCUAGAGACGGACUUCGAUGAGGGUUGCAAGCGGAUCUACGAGCGGAGGUCGGGAUGCGCGCGGCCGACGCUGCCCCCGGUGGCGGAACGCGCCCCCCGCGGCCCCCACUCGCCCCCCGCCGGCGGCACCCGGACCCCCGUGGCGGCUGUAGCGGAGGGCGUGGUGCGGUGGGGCAGCGGCCUGCUCUACGCCAAGGAGGAGCCGAGAUUGAAGACAGCCACCAGCUGGUACGGCUAUGGGACCCUGCCGUCCGAUAGCGAAAAGCUCGCCGGGCAUGGCAGCGGGGCAGGCGGGCGGCGCGCCCUGGAGCUGCUGCUGGGCGGCGGGCUCAAGUCGCUGGCCCGGCCGGCGCGGCCCGUGCGGCGCGCCGCUAGUAGAGAUAGCGUGCUGUCGCAGCCGCAGCCUUUGUUAGAAGGUCUGCGAAAAUGCUCAACAGUGCUAGCGCUGACCGACAGAGAGAAGUCUCUCGAACCAAUCCGCGCUCACAACCGGCUGCGGGCGCCGUCGGUCUGCUCGAGAUGCUCUAGCCUGCUCUCUCUCGCCGGCGUCGGCGGCUCCAGGUAUUCCCUGGACGGCGCCGGCGGCGGCUUCGUCCCGGCGGCCCCGGUCAACUGCAAGCUGUGUCUCGAGGACACGCCCCCCAGCAAGGUCACCAUCAUCGGCGGCUGCGGAUGCGCCUUCUGCACUAAGUGCAUGGCAGCGUACGUGGAGUUCGAGGUCUGCAACGGUGCGUACGAGGUGUCCUGCCCGGACGCGCGCUGCCGCGCCGGCGCCGCGCUGGCGCUGGACGAGAUCGCCGCCCUAGUGGAGCCCCAUGUCAUGGAGAAGCACCUCAAGUUCCGGCUCAACCAUGAGGUGGCGAUGGACUCGGGGCGCGCGUUCUGCCCGCGCGUGGGCUGCGACACCGUGGUGCGCGUGCGAGCCGCCUCCCCCGCGCACUGCCCCACGUGCCGGCACGACUUCUGCUCGCAGUGCAACCAGGAGUGGCACGGAGGCCUGACCUGCGAAGCGGCGGCGGCCUCGUCCUCCACGGCGGCUGGCUCACCCCUGCUCCCUGACUCCGAGCUCAUCAAACUCUGCCCCAUGUGCCGCGUGCCCAUAGAGAAGGACGAGGGGUGCGCGCAGAUGAUGUGCAAGCGGUGCAAGCAUGUGUUCUGCUGGUAUUGCCUCGCGUCGCUUGAUGAUGACUUCCUCUUACGGCACUACGACAAGGGCCCGUGCAAGAACAAGCUGGGCCACUCGCGCGCCUCCGUGCUGUGGCACCGCGCACAGGUGGUGGGCAUCUUCGCGGGCUUCGGUCUCCUGUUGCUGGUGGCGUCCCCGCUGCUGCUGCUCGCCGCGCCCUGCAUCGUGUGCUGCAAGUGCAGGCUAUGCAACCCAAGCACGAAGAACCUGGAAGAAGUCGACGAAAUAGAGAGCAUAGGGCCGGGACGAGACGAAGACGACGACACAACUCAAGCGCGUUAUAUCGCGGACUGACUAGCGCGCCGGCGCGACCGGUUCUAGACGACGCUUCGGACAACUUCGGGUGCUUUCGGACAACUUCGGGUGCCUUCGGACAUCUUCGGGUGCCUUCGGAUAUCUGCGGGUGUCUUCAGACAACAUCGGGUGCCUUCGGACAACUUCGGGUGCCUUUGGACAACUUCGGGUGCCUUCGGACAACUUCGGGUACCUUCGGGAACACUCGGGGACCCGAACGCUAGUAACACAACAGCAAUGCUUUGACAAAAUGAUAAGUAUCGUACCGCAAAAAGAUGCUGUAAAUGAAAAACUGCCUUGCAAAGUGACUUAAUUUUUAGGAAUUUGACAGAUAGCAGCGCUACAGUAAGCAAGGGAGUUUUAGGUUAGAAAACUGUAGUUUCAAGAUGGCGGAUGUUGACAAAAUGGUGGUGAUAAUUGACGUUUGUAAACUGUAAGGUUUGACGAUGACAACGGUUCGCGGCUUCGUUUGUGAUGUUGUCUAUCUAUAGAUGAUGAUUAUGGCGACCAAGAUUAAAACCUGUUUGUGGUAUGAUUGCCUUCUCCACUAGCUGCCAAUAAAAUGGGGCUGUAAUUGUAGACAGUGACUAAAUAAAUAGAUAUAGGACUAAUUCUUUCUGUUGUCGCAGAUGCUAAAUUUAUUAAAGUAUUCAUGGCUCAAGCAUUUAAUUAAAAACAAUCACUUUACGCGCUUGGCUAUAUUAUCUUAUUCGCAUUUCGGGUACAAACAAACAUACAAACUAAAUUAAAGAAUAAGCAUCUGCUUCAUACUUACAAAUAGAAAUGUCAUUGGCAUAUUGUGCAGUCCUUACUUGUUACUUGACUUUAACAAGGUAACUUAAACACCUGGAUUCGACUAGUUUGUAAUAUAAAUUGUUAAUUAAUUGUCUUAAUGUUAAUAUUAAAAUAUUGUAACAAAAAGUCAGUGUAUAUUGUGGAGUUAUUAACUAUUUAAAUAAUUACUUAUGUGUGUUUAGAUCUCUCAACUUAUUCGGAUUAAGAAAUAGUAUGUUUUCUUAAUUUAGGAACUUAUUUAAUUGUCUAUGGAUAUUGUACCUAGGAGUUAUAGGUUUGAGACUGAGAUGAGAGGGUGCCAAUUCAUGUCGUUUUAUGGAAAUAUCUGAAUAAAUGUGUUGACAACGAACCGACAUGUGUGGACAUUGGACUCUGUCCAAUUCUGUAAAAGGUAAAACUGUUAAACAAAAACUUAAAGUAACACUUAUAUUUAUCGAAAAUCUAUUUAAUGUAUUUCCUAACUUAGUCAUUUGUGAUUACCUAAAGAGAAACUUAAAUAUUUUAAAAUCAAUAUAGACGAUAGUUUUGUGAAUAUUUUUCUAAAUAUUAUCUUAUCUGAUGUUGAUGAAGCGUACAAUCAUUGCCUAAGAAAGUUUUAUUUUAUCUGUAUACAUUUCAUUGGAUGACGUCAGCGAAAACCCAUGGGUAUAAUGAAAAAUGUAUGUAGUGUAACUGCAAUGCAGUGAGAGAUACAAAAAACACGUUUUAUUUUUAUAUAAUGUACCUUCUGUGAUCAAACAAACAGUUUAAAAUUUCAAAUUGAUAUUUCAAGUAUAAGUAUACCUACCUAGGAGUCGCACCGCUUGCGACCUCACGACGCCUUAACAUAACUUAUUGGUAGAAAAUUAAUAUUUAUGAAACAUGUAAAUAGAAAUAAAUAUGUACUUAAUUUGUAGACAGGGAUUGGUGAUAGUCCACUGAUGGUCAAAGGAAAACGCAGAUUUAGAUUUCAAAUUCCUUUGUUUGUCACCUCAAAACAUAUCAAAAAAGUAAAAAAAAGACUGUAAUCGAGACAAUUUUUAGCCAUGUUUUGUUUUAACUAGGUACUUUAUGAAGCUAACAUCACCAAUCCCUUUAGCUUGUAGUGGAGCAAGCUAGCGAAGCAUUUUGUAGAAUUAUUCUGAUUAAAUUGUCGGUAGUUGGUUAGGUAAAAUAAGUGAUAAACUUACUGUAACUUUUCUCUCGAUCGUAAAAAACCACUUUCGUCUAUGGUAUUCACACAAAGACUUGUUUUAUUUAGUAUUUUAUUAGUUUGACCGACGCAAAGUCAGCAAUGUAAAUAGAAGAGCGAAUCUAUUUUUUGUUAAUCAUUUUACUUCUUGUUUAUUUCCAUGUUGAGACAGACAUAACUUUCCGUUGCUCUAAUACUAAAUAAUUUAAUAAAGAUUUUCUCAGAAAUCUCAAAAA